GCAUGAGUCAGCGCUCAGCCAAUCGCGUCGCUCCCUCGCAACAGCUGCUUCCGGGUCUCCGUCCACUUAUCCUCCGCGCCGGAGCGUCACGAGCGCCUUCUCUGCCCGUCCGCACGACAGACACACGCAGCACCGACCUUGCACACAGUGAAGGCCUGAAGAUCCAGAACCAUGUCUAUCCUGAAGAUCCACGCUCGUGAGAUUUUUGACUCCCGUGGCAACCCCACAGUGGAGGUCGAUCUGUACACCAAGAAAGGUCUUUUCAGAGCUGCAGUGCCCAGCGGUGCUUCCACUGGCAUCUAUGAGGCUCUGGAGCUCCGUGACAAUGACAAAACACGCUACAUGGGCAAAGGAGUCAAAAGAGCAGUUAAAUAUAUAAAUGAAUUCUUGGCCCCUGCAUUGUGUAACCAGAACGUGAGUGUUGUGGAUCAGGAGAAGGUCGACAAGCUGAUGCUGGACAUGGAUGGCACAGAAAACAAGUCAAAGUUUGGUGCUAAUGCCAUCCUGGGCGUGUCCCUGGCUGUGUGCAAGGCUGGUGCAGCAGAGAAGGGCGUCCCCCUCUACCGCCACAUUGCUGACCUGGCUGGCAACCCUGAAGUCAUCCUCCCUGUCCCUGCUUUCAACGUCAUCAACGGCGGCUCCCACGCUGGCAACAAGCUCGCCAUGCAGGAGUUCAUGAUCCUGCCUGUGGGAGCCAGCACUUUCAAGGAGGCCAUGCGUAUCGGUGCCGAGGUCUACCACAACCUGAAGAAUGUCAUCAAGGAGAAGUACGGCCAGGACGCCACCAACGUAGGAGAUGAGGGAGGCUUCGCCCCCAACAUCUUGGAGAACAAGGAAGCCCUGGAGCUGCUGAAGAAUGCCAUCGGCAAGGCCGGCUACACUGACAAGAUUGUCAUCGGCAUGGACGUGGCUGCCUCAGAAUUCUACAAGGGCGGAAAGUAUGACCUGGACUUCAAGUCGCCUGACGACCCCAGCCGCUACAUUUCCUCUGACAAACUGGCUGACCUCUACAGGAGCUUUGUCAAAGAUUACCCUGUUGUGUCCAUCGAGGACCCCUUCGACCAGGAUGACUGGGAGGGUUGGUCCAAAUUCACCGCCAGCACCAGUAUCCAGGUGGUGGGCGAUGACCUCACCGUCACCAACCCCAAGCGCAUUGCCAAGGGUGUGGCCGAGAAGGCCUGCAACUGCCUGCUGCUUAAAGUCAACCAGAUCGGCUCCGUCACAGAGUCCCUGGAGGCCUGCAAGAUGGCCCAGAGUAAUGGCUGGGGCGUGAUGGUCAGCCAUCGCUCCGGAGAGACAGAGGACACCUUCAUUGCCGACCUGGUGGUUGGUCUCUGCACUGGACAGAUCAAGACAGGUGCACCUUGCCGAUCUGAGCGCUUGGCCAAGUACAACCAGCUGCUCAGGAUUGAGGAGGAGCUUGGCGACAAGGCCCGUUUCGCUGGCCAGAACUUCAGACACCCCAUCUGAGCAAAGUCUUCCUCCCUGGGGCUCUCUGUGUUCAUCGCUCACGACUAACGCCCACACAUUUAGGCCACACUAGGUCACCUGCCUUGUCUGGAGAGAAGAUUGAGAGAACACAGCUGAAAGCCAAGGUCCAAGUCUGUGGUCUGUGGCGUGUAGAGGCUACAGUACAUCCCCUAGUCCGACCUCAGUCAGGCUCAUCCGCAAACUAUGCUUUUGCUCCGGAUUAGUGUUGGUCCCUAUGUUUGUGUCUGUGUAACUGUGUGAGAGAUUCUUUUGUUUAGCUUCUCGUGAGUUGUUGUGAUUCUUGGUCCUCUACUUGAGCUACUGUAACUCUAGUAUGGCUCUGCCUCGAGCAGUGGUAAAAGUACUGUAUGUGCAAUGUGUCGCAUCUGACAAGGUCUCGUGCUGCUGUAAGCGUUGAAAGAAACCUGUAUUAAACAAUAUAGUUUGAAA